ACAUGAUUUGCGCAGUCGGCGUCUACGUCUAGUUUCCUACUUCUCCAUCCGGCGUUAGGGGCAUACUGUGUACAAUCUAUGGAAUACCAAUAAAAAGUUCAAGACUCUCGAAUCUACCUGCGCGAUACCCCAUAGCCCAUACACUCAUAACACAGCACUAUGGACGAAGAAGAGCCCCCAAUCCUCACGGCAGUGUCAAGCUCUGCGCGACAAUUGUACCUGCUCCUCCGCUGCAUUGCCUUCUCCAACAAGGCUCAUGUCCAGAUCAGCGACAUUGGUAUAAAACUUGCCGUCGAUGAGGCGAGCGUCAUGGAAGCAUCCGCCUUCCUUGACAAGUCCCUCUUCACAACCUACACUUUCAAUGCGCCCGCCCCACCGCCGAACUCCCAACACUCUGACAGCGACGAUGAACUCGACUCACCAUCUAGUACCACUCCGGCUUUCCAAAUAUCCCUUCCCGCCCUCCUUGAGACCCUCCAGAUCUUCGGCCUCACCGACCCCUCCACUUCCAAACCACCAUGGGCGCGCGAUGGUGCCUAUCCCACCAGCACAGCCUUCACUGGAAACAACAUAUUAGGCGGCAUGAACAACCUCUGUCGGAUAAGCUACGACGGACCCGGAGCUCCACUAGCCGUCACCUUGACAGAAGCGAGCAUACGCACGCAGUGCGAUCUCACGACGUACGAGCCAGAGUACACAGACGAGAUACCCUUUGAUCGCCAAGCCCUCGCACUCAAAGUCAUCAUGCGAGGCAGCUGGCUGUAUGACGCAGUACAAGAGCUAUCAUCUACAAGCCCAGAGAAACUGACCAUGUACGCCAAAACCGUGCACGGCAAACCCUUCUUCGCUCUUUCGUCGUCAGGCACUCUAGGCUCAGCACGCGUCGAGUUCAACAAUCAGCCCCAGCUCUCCGCCUACCGCACCCCUGCAUCCACGAACCUCAAUACGAACAACGAGACGGCAGAUCAGCAACCUACCAAUCUGCUUGAGACCUUCCAGCUCAGCGAUCCACAAGCCGUACUCCGCUCAUCUUACAAGUUUAGCUUGAUACAAAAGGCUGCGCGCGCCAUGAACGUUGCGACUAAAGUCAGUAUACGAGCAGAUACCCAAGGCGUAUUGAGUCUACAGUUCAUGAUUGAGGUAGACGGUGGUGGGUCGGCUUCUCAGAUUGGGCCUGGAGUGGCCACAGGCGGACAAGUGAGUUUCGUCGACUUUCGCUUUGUCCCGCUUGUGGAAGAGGAUGACGACGAGGCCGAGGGCGCAGACGUUGACGAGACUCUAAUGCACAAUGGCCCAGCGAGUGAUGGCGAGAGCGGAGCUGAUGAUACGCUAUGAGGAACGAUGGAUAUCAUUACUGGCAGAAAGCAGGAGCACCUCCGACAAGGGAAGAACUGAACAGGUCUGCGGACUACACUAUGAUGAAACAAGCAAAUUGGAAGAUCCAGUGACAGUGUAGGCUCCAGAGUGUUCAGCUUUUCACUUGAAUGAGGUCGGAGUUUGAGCUCAGCAUGUGCCGAUUUCGCUGAUAUCUUAUAUUUGCUAGUCUGUCCAGACCCGAACAGAAUAGGGAAAGAAAUCCACAAUCGUACAAUGACUUCUGUGAUGAAGCAACCAAGAGCCUUUGUCUGGCAGCCUCUUACUUGAAUGUC